UCAAAAAUUUGUUGUUACAGUAGUUAUUGGUUAUUCAACUACUUUUUUACCUGGUUAUCAAUGUUCUUGUAAUAAUAUUUUUUUAGAAAUAGUUGCUGAUCCAAAUAGUAAAAGUAAAAUUUUUGUAUUUGAAAUUGGUUCAUCAUCAUUACAAAAUUUUAAAAAAGGAGGGCCUGGUUAUAAAUCAUCUUUAAUUCGUGAAUAUUGCUCUAAAAAAACAUUAUUUGUUUUAAUUAUAGACGAUUCAAAGUGUUUUCUUAAAAUUUAUCAAGAGUUUCAGUUAAUAAAUCGUAUUAGAGAACAAACACCUGAUGAAGCUAAAAAUGAAAGCAAAAUAAUAGAGUUAACUACUAGUCUACAAGAAAUAUAUCUAGCAUAUUAUCAAUUUAGUGAUAGAGAAUUUAGUGCUUGGCAAACUUUAAUUCGAGCAGCUGGUGGACAUAAUAUAACUCUAUGGUCACAUGAUGAGUCAGAG